AGUCACGUGAGUACAUGUGAUGUUAGUCAGACCCCGUGAUACUUCUCGCUAAAGGAGAAUAAUAUUUAUAACGGGCUGCAUUUUGUUGAAACAAUACAUCCAGAACAGAGAAAUAUCUGUAGAUUUGUUAAAGGCACAGAAACGCCGGCGUCUCUUCCGGAGGAGUCAAAAUGACGGCAGCGGUGUUUUUCGGUUGCACUUUUAUCGCCUUCGGCCCAGCCAUCGCUCUGUUCCUGUUUACCAUCGCCCGGGAGCCGCUGAGGGUCAUUUUCCUUAUAGCAGGAGCAUUUUUCUGGUUGGUGUCGCUGCUCCUGGCUUCCCUGGUGUGGUUCAUCUCUGUUCAGAUCAGUAAUAAGGACAGUGCGUCGCAGCAGAAAGGUCUGCUCAUCUUCGGCGUGGUCCUGUCCGUCCUACUUCAGGAAACUUUCCGUUUUGCGUACUACAAACUCCUGAAGAAAGCAAAUGAAGGCCUCCUUGCUCUCAGUCAAGAGGAAACGAUGCCGAUAUCCAUCCGACAGCUGGCCUACGUGUCUGGCCUCGGUUUUGGCUUCAUGAGUGGAGCGUUCUCUGUGGUGAACAUCCUGGCUGAUUCUGUAGGACCCGGGACGGUGGGGAUCCAUGGAGACUCGCAGCAUUACUUCCUGUCCUCAGCCUUCAUGACGAUGGCCAUCAUCCUGCUUCACAUGUUCUGGGGUGUCGUGUUCUUUGAUGCCUGUGAGAAACAGCGCUGGUGGGCCGUUGCUGCCGUUGUCGUCAGUCACCUCCUUGUGUCCUGCCUGACUUUUCAGAACCCAGAGUACGUAGCCAGCCUGGUUCCCACCUACGUCGUCUUGUUCCUGAUGGGCGUUUGGGCGUUUUACACCGCCGGUGGCUCGCUCCGAAACCUCAAACUCUGCCUCACCUGCAAAGACAAAGACUUCCUGCUGGCCAACCAUCGACCAAGAUAACGCUGCAUGUCAGCAGAGUGACAGGACUCUAUCCAAAGAUCACACACACACACACACACACACACACACUGAAAGGUUGUUAAUCUGCUGUUUCAUUCUGUCUCAUUCAAAGUUAAAACUGUGGAAGUCUUCGACAAAACAAAUGUAGAUGAUUACUUUGGACCAUGCAGAGCUCAGUAUAGGUUUUGUUUUUUAAAAAACAAACUUCAUUUGAACGGCGGCACUGUUUUUCUCUCCUGAUGCUUCAAAAGAAACUCGCAUGACGACCCUCCUGACAUCCUUUGUGGAGUUUGACGGUUCUGCCAACUUAAUCUGCCGGCUGCUUAAAGCGGUUUAGAUGUGGAUCGAUCAUGUUUGAAAACUUUCUGUAAAUAAGUUGACAUAUUUUUUUUAAACCUUGCUGUGCAGAUAGUGAAAUCUUUCUGAUUCGCCAUCUUCUGUCUGAAUGAGAACUUGUCUUGAAAGGAACACAUUGCUGGUGUUUACUUGUUUUUAAUCUGGUUGUUUUUAGGCAUAAUAUCUCUUUAGAUUAUAGGAUUAGAAAAUCGUACAAAUAAUAUGAACAAAUUCAGCUUUACCUGCUUGUGAUKGUCGGUACUAAUCCUCCUGUAGGAGCCCAUUGGCCAAACGGGAAACUAAACACUGAAGCUUUUUUUUCUUCAGACCAGCUAAUGGUUUAUUUACUUAAAUUUUUACACAAAUACUUUUUCUCCCAGUGAGGUUUGAACGUUCACAUUAAUCGUGCUUUUUGUGUUUUGUUUGUUGUUCAGAAUGAACAAGUCUACUGCAUCAGAAAUUUCCCACCCUGAAUGUUUUUUUUAAUCUUUUUGCACYUGAUUUGAGUUUGUUGAUUUUCUAGUACUGCUUAUAUAAAAGCUGAUGAUUAAAACUCAUUGGCUUUAAAGUAUGUUAGAAAUGUAUGUUUUUACAUUUUGAGUUCAGUCAAUCAAACGAACCAGACCUGCAAUAAAAAAAAAUCAGGUUGUGAUCAGUCUGUUGUUGUUUGGUGUCCUGCAGAGACGUGUUCUUGGUUUGUUGAAUUUACGUUCUGGUGCGAGAAAAGUUUCUGUUGCAGUUAAAUAGAAGGACUGACCAAAACAGUAUGAAUAUCUGUCAGUGGGCUCUAAAAAGAAUAAAUUGUAAAAACACCUGAAAGAUAAAGUUGGAAAAAAAACGUUGUGUUUUGAAUGCCUCAACUGCUCAAUUUAGUUUUAAUCUUUUUACAAAAAUAAGGACCAAUCAGUUUACAUCCAGAUGUGACCGGUUGCACUUUGUAAUUAAAGGUGUUAGAUUUUCCACUCUGUGUCAACUUUAAUUUUAAUUACUGAGAAAAUAUGUUGCAUGUUUAGGCAAAAGAGUUAGAAUAAGAAGUAGCAAAUUAAGCGUUGGCCUGUUCAUUUUCACUAAAAUAAACGGAAUGAAAA